AUAUACCCAGGAGCACAGCUGAUGCACUGGAAUGGUGUCUAGACAGGUGCGCCCGUGACAGGGGACAUGUGCACUGAUCAUCAGGUGUAGCCCCAGCAGUGCCACCUGUCAGUGUCCAUCAGUCCCAGCUGUCAGUGCUCAUCAAUGCCACCUCCUAGUGCCCAUCAGUGCCACAUCAAUGCCACAUAACAGUGCCUACCAGUGCACAUCAAUGCCACAUAUCAGUGCCCAUCUGAGCUGCCUUUCAGUGCCUAUCAGUGCCGCCAAUCAGUGCCACCUAUCAGUGCCGCCAAUCAGUGCCGCCUAUCAGUGCGCCAAUCAGUGGGGCCUAGUCAGU